GCCAGCCUCCCCCAUGCUACAAGCUGCUUCCCUGUUCGCUGUUUGACUUGCAAAACGCCCUCUUCUGCUCUUCUCAAACUACAGCCCCGGUCCUGCCCGUCAGAGAUUAUUUGCUCCUUUCUCUUCCUCCUCCAAGAGCCAUGCCUGCUCCUCUUCUUGCAUCCCCGACGUGUCUCUCCUGUUCUCGACCAGAACAUUGUGUUUCCAAUUCCAGCGCAUGGGCUCUGAAAUAGAAUCUGAGCUCCUCUAUAUACCAGCGACUGGGUCAGCACGCCAGGGUCUUUCUAUUUAAGCACGUCAAUCGCCCCUCUGACGUGCCUGCUUGACACCGGAGCCUGAUCCGCCAGGCGCGCUCAACACCAGUCUUUCGAGGUCAAUGCUUUACCACCACUCUUUAGCCUUUCCAGAACAUGGAAUCGCGGUUACGGAAGUUACUCUCGCCCAGAAGACACAAAGGGCAGCGGCGACAAGAUGCUUGUCCCGAGUUGGAUCUGCAUAGCGUCCCGUACACGACAGCUCCACCCCAGGGCCGUUUACCUCUCUUCAACAAAUCCAAUGGUGUUACAGCGAAGCAAAGCAAAGUCAACUCGCCUCCAGAUCGUCUUCGAUCUUUGUCUUAUGACAAGGCCGCGCCAGGGAAGCCGCCUGAGCUGGGAGACCGACCGCACCGAGGCAAUGGCCCUGUCAAGCUUCAGACAAGUCGUCGCCUGAGUUCCGGGGAGCUCCUGGUCACCGAGCAGGACUACGAUCGCACUCUCGAAGACAUCAAGCAGGGCGAGUAUAUCGUUGGCGGCAAGGAACGAAGGACUUCCCACACCUCAUCACAGCCCAAGUCACCCACUGAGCCUCGCAAUUUCAAGUUCAUCUCCACCGCUCCAAGUUCCCCUCGAGAUCAAGUCACCUUUUCGAGCACCAUCUGGCAGCCUCCAUCCGUACUCAGUGACAUGGCACCACCCACAUCUUCCAGCUGGGCUUCAGGCAGCUUUGGUCACCAAGACCGCUCAUAUUCUUCCCAGGAAUUCCACUCCAAUAUCUCUAGCCCUGGUUCUAACAACCAUGGGCUCGGCAUCUCCAGCCCAGCCCAACCAUUCUUUUCGCCCUAUAUGGCAUCAACCGCGUCCCUGCUUGAGCCUCACGAGGAACAGAACCCGACGAUUCAAGCGCUUUGGAAGGCAGAAUACGGUCGGUUGGUCUCCAUAUAUGGACAAGUCGGGGUUGACCGGACCAUUGGGGAGCUCAACAGAGAUCGAGCGGAGGCGCUUAGGCCGCCCCCGUUGCUUUCCACUCGCGAUAGCCCUUACUCGGCCUCGUCAGUGUCACUAAACCAGAUAAUUCAACGGCCACCAGAUUCAGGAAGACGUGGCCUCGGAAUCAAGGCCUCCGGAUCGACGCCCAACCUCGAUCUUGCGUAUCUAGACGAACACUCCGAUCGCUCAUCUCACGCUAGAUAUUCGCACCUUUCUUCGAGCGGUGCGUCAUCUUCCUUCACGACGCGGACGAGCGUGGCUGAAGAUCCCAGCAUCAGCAGGGACGAUAUCCGAAAGAUUGUCGACGAAAUGCGCACAACCUAUCUCCAUGCCAUUGAAGCGCACACACCUCUCCGGCCUCUGCCUGAUGCCCCGGCCAAGAAGCCUCGAUCCAAAAAGGAGACUCCUUCGCUCGCGUCGUAUGCCUCGGUGGAUGGCAGUCUAAGAUCAGCGAGUCGGCAGUCAACGACCCGCACUAAAUCAUGGCAAUCCUCGACGACUCUUAUGACGACCCCACGGACAUCAGUCUCGUCGCCUAUGCUCAGAUCGAAACGGACAAGCUCUGCGACGAGUCGACGAACUUCAGGCCAGCCUGUAGCCGGCAUUGCCACCCUGCCGGCCAUCCAAGCGAGCCCGGCCAAGUCGGCCAAGUCGAACAAGAGCGGGACGAGGAAGAAAAACGACGAUGUAGGCCUGAAACGCGCCGAUUCGACCACAUUGGGCGUCAUGGCUCGAAAGCUGACGAUACUCGAUGACCGCCAUUCAAGUAUCUCGUCCCAACCCACAGUUGGAUCGUCUCUGACAUUUUACAACUCCUCGAGAUCAGACUCGGAUUCGGGUUCCGAGAAGAGUCCCCCACCAGUGUCACCUAAACUCUCGCCCGCCAAAGCCUCUUCAGUGCAGCACACGCCUGAGAAACACAAGCCAGCCGUGCGCCAAGUUUCGCCCCUCUCGAAGCAACCGUGGCAGAUCGACGUCGACCAGAUUCUCCCGGACGAAGAGCUUGAGUUGGCUCUGGACAUUGACGAUUUCGAGGCCUUGUGCGACGGCUUGUUCAACACCCCGGCCAUGGAGCGAGAGCCCCAAUUCAACAUGCUCCAAAGAUGGGGCGGCGAGGAGACGGCUGCUGACUGCGAUGAUGUCCUCGGCAGUGAUGACGGUGACACGCUCGCCAUCGACAGUCCGACGAUCUUGAAGAUGCCACAGGCCUCAAUGGACCAAAUCGGUCUGGGCGUGACUGGACUUCCCACGAUGAUAUGAGCACCGCUGUCGUACCGGCUCUUCCAACCACCUACAGUCCCUACCUACCUACGCACGUCCCUCCUUUCAACCAACCAACCAACCAACCAACCAACCAAC